UGUAAUUUUAUGUUUAAAUCUGUUCCAUGAAGUUUCAAUAUGAAGAAUGCCACUGAGGUUACUGCGUUUGUACUGAGGGGUUUCACAGACAACCCUAAACUGCAGAUCAUCUUAUUCUUCCUGUUUCUAACAAUCUACCUAUUUACUCUGAUGGGAAAUUUAGGACUGAUUAUAUUGGUCAUUGGGGAUUCCCGGCUCCACAACCCUAUGUACUAUUUUCUGAGUGCACUUUCAUCUGUGGAUGCCUGCUAUUCUUCAGUGAUUACCCCACAAAUGUUAGUAGAUUUUUUGUCAAAAACCAAAAUUAUUUCAUUGCUUGCAUGUGCAGCACAGACGCUUCUCUCUAUCACUUUUGGGACUACAGAAUGCUUUCUCUUGGCUGCAAUGGCAUAUGAUCGCUAUGUAGCCAUCUACAACCCCCUCCUGUAUUCAGUUACCAUGUCCCCCAGAAUCUAUGUGACACUCAUCAUUGCUUCCUAUGUUGGUGGCAUCUUGCACGCUUCUGUACACACAGUGGCCACAUUUAGUCUAUCCUUCUGUGCCUCCAAUGAAAUUAAGCAUGUCUUUUGUGACAUCCCCCCACUCCUUGCUAUUUCUUGUUCUGACACUCACACAAACCAGCUUCUCCUCUUCUACUUUGUGGGUUCUAUUGAACUAGUCACUAUUCUGAUUGUCCUGAUCUCCUAUGGUUUCAUUCUGUUGGCUAUUCUGAGGAUGCAUUCUGCUGAAGGGAGAAGAAAAGUCUUCUCUACAUGUGGCUCUCACCUAACUGGAGUGUCAAUUUUUCAUGGUACUGUUCUCUUCAUGUAUGUGAGACCAAGUUCCAGCUAUGCUUUGGACCAUGACAUGAUAGUGUCAAUAUUUUACAGCAUUGUGAUCCCCAUGCUGAAUCCCAUUAUCUACAGUUUAAGGAACAAAGAUGUCAAGAAGGCAAUGAAGAAAGUGUUUGGGGAAAACUGGUUUGUUAAUAAAGUAUAUUUUAACUAUAAAAAUUAA